GAGGGGGGCGCGCUGCUGUCCUCUCUGGUGCGCUCAGCCAACCCCUGCCGCUGUAAUGUCAAGCUGGUAGUAUCCUGGUGUUCUGCUGUAAAGAAUCCGUUCAAAGGACCCGCUUUGAGUACAUCGCUGCCUGGGACUUCAGUGUUCUUUGCAUCCGAGUGAUUCUGCAGCCAAAUUACGCAUGGGAUGGUUUUGGGGGGGAUUGGAGUAGAAAUGCAGCGCCGCACUUCCAGCCCACAACAAGAACCAUGCCCAGCUUACAUUGCAAGACAACAUAUGACAUCCUGUUUUAUCCUCAGCGACUUUGAUAUGAGUAAUAUUCGCUUGGAUACCGACGAGGAGUGAAGAGAAAAUACACAGAAUAAGCUGACCGACGUUGUUUCUGCUGCGGGCGCUUGUGUACCGAAAACCUCUCCUUUUAGGAUUUUUUGAUGGAGCUGGAGAACAUUGUAGCCAACACUGUACUGCUUAAAGCGAGAGAGGGCGGAGGAGGAAAGCGGAAAGGAAGGAGCAAGAAAUGGAAAGAGAUCCUCCGUUUCCCCCAUAUAAGCCAGUGCUCUGAGCUGGGAAACAGCAUCGACCGGGACUAUGUCAGCGUCUGUGAGAAACAGCCUAUCGGGCGUCUUCUCUUCCGUCUUUACUGUGACACAAGAAUCAAACUGCAACGAUGCAUCCAGCUACUGGACGCAAUGGAAGACUAUGAGGUGACACCUGAUGAAAAGAGAAAAAUCAGAGGCGACCAGAUCAUCAAGACUUUUCUCUCAAAACAAUCACCUCAGCAUGUGGACAUAGCAGAGGUGUUUGCAGACCAGUGCAAAGAGAACCUCGAGCUCAGUCCAUGUAAGGAGAUCUUCAGCAACUGCAGAAAGAGUAGGGCUGUUCAUGACUACCUGAGUGGAGCUCCAUUCUCCGACUACCAGAACAGCAUGUACUAUGACCGAUUCCUGCAGUGGAAGGUGUUGGAGAGGCAACCAAUCACAAAGGACACGUUCAGACAGUACCGAGUGCUGGGGAAGGGAGGAUUCGGAGAGGUGUGUGCCUGCCAGGUUCGAGCUACUGGGAAGAUGUACGCCUGCAAGAAACUGGAGAAGAAGAGGAUAAAGAAAAGGAAAGGAGAGUCCAUGGCUCUCAACGAAAAGCAGAUUUUAGAGAAAGUCAACAGUAGAUUUGUUGUGAGCUUAGCGUAUGCAUAUGAGACCAAAGAUGCUCUGUGUCUGGUGCUGACCAUCAUGAACGGUGGAGACCUGAAGUUUCACAUCUACAACAUGGGGACGCCGGGCUUCGAGAAGGACAGGGUACAGUUCUACGCCGCUCAGAUCUGCUGUGGACUCGAGCAUUUGCACAGGGAAUCCAUCGUCUACAGGGAUUUGAAACCGGAGAAUAUCCUAUUAGAUGACAACGGACACAUUCGUAUAUCUGACCUGGGCCUGGCCAUUAAAGUGCCUGAAGGAGAACUCAUCAGAGGCAGGGUGGGGACUGUGGGCUACAUGGCUCCAGAGGUGAUAAACAAUGAAAAGUACGGCAUGAGUCCUGACUGGUGGGGACUGGGCUGCCUAGUUUAUGAAAUGACAGCCGGACGAUCACCUUUUCGCGCUCGCAAAGAGCGUGUGAAGCGAGAGGAGGUGGAGAGGAGGGUGCAGGAGGAGGAGGAGGAGUACAGCGACAAGUUUACUGAGGACACAAAGGCCAUCUGUAGAACGCUGCUGACCAAAGACCCGAAGCAGAGGCUGGGGUGCCAGGCGGACAGAGCAGCGGGCGUCAAGGCCCACUCAUUCUUCAAAAACAUCAACUUCAAGAGGCUGGAGGCUGGAAUAGUGGAGCCUCCCUUUGUGCCUGAUCCCCGGGCAGUGUACUGUAAGGAUGUUUUGGACAUAGAGCAGUUCUCCACAGUCAAGGGAGUCAAUUUGGACCAAACUGACAAUGACUUCUACUCCAAAUUUUCUACAGGCUGUGUUUCCAUCCCCUGGCAGAAUGAGAUGAUAGAAACUGAGUGCUUCAGAGAUUUGAAUGUGUUUGGGCCUCAAGGGACAAGACCUCCAGAUCUGGACUGGAAUCAGCCACCAGAGCCACCCAGACGCAGCCUGCUGGACAGGAUCUUCAGGAGGCAUCAUCCAGAGGUGUCUAUUUCCCACAGCCGCGUGCAGUCUUCCAGUGUGAACUCUGUGGACUCCAUGUCCAACUCUGCCCCCUAGUGGCACAUUUAAAGUGUGGGGCCGCACACACACAAAGGGAAGGAACUCCGAGGGGCUUCCCCGCUGCUGAUUGGUUCACAGCUGAGUCUGAGCAGCAGCUGAGACAGCCUGUCUAAGAGCCUACAUGGUCAGCCCCAAGGGGGGAGGGGGUGACCAGGCCCUCAGACCCCUGGGCAUUUGGAGUGGGAUAAUCAAUGUUGCGGAGACGUUUGGAAAUAUUUGGACAAACUUAACUUACCCUCAGGAUUGUUGGACAACAGAACAGAGCCACUGACAUGGAAGAAAACUGAAAAGGAUAGAAAACAAGCUAAUAUUCAGGGCAUCCACUGUAAAAUAAAGACCACCACAGGGAAUAGAAGAUGGGGUCUUGGUGAAUUUUUUGUUUUGUUUUUUGUUUCAAAAACAGGAAUUUCAUUUUCCACUCAUUUCCAGUCCUUUUUACUUUCUGGCCUGUAUCUUGUAUCAGUGAUUCUUCAUCGAUACAUCUACACCCCCUGAGAAUGUCCACAACUCUUCCUUUAACUUUUCUCUCUCUGUAUGUCCCUACUCCCAUACCUCAAAUCACUCCGAAACAUUCAUAACACAUCACCUCGACAACCUCAACACAUUGUACAUUGCCUUGCGAACACUCAGGCCAAAGAUUACAGCAUAGUUUUGUGAUACUGUUGUCAUGUUGAUUUCUUGGUUUUUGAAGGUUUUCCGCUGUUGUUUAGAACCACAGGAGGGUCAGAGUGUGUGAUCCUUUCUUUAAAUAUGAGCCUGCAGACAUAUCAUACUGCUUAAAGCACACAUACAGUACACACACACACACACACACACACACACACACACACACACACACACACACACACACAAUUAGUUAGACAUGCUCAGACAGACUUGUGAGAAUUGUGUUGUGUUAUUGCAUGGACAAGUGUAAGUAUGGACAGCUGUAUCCCUAAUCGCUUCUGCAAACCCUAUCCCAUCUACAUCAUCAUCAUAUACAACACGCAGGACCCCUCUCUCCCUCAGUUUACAGUGUCACUUUAUAUUUGACAUUAUGUGGAAUUUGAAAUUAUAUGCUGUACAGAACCAGAAAUCUCUUCUGUUUAUUUGCCUAUUUUUUUCCGCAAUUCACAAUAUUCACAUGGCGUUUAUUUGCCCCUUUUGUCAAAGUCAGGGUAGGAAGCUUAAAUGUAAUGUUGUUCUGUUCCAAUUCAGGCCUCAAAAACCUUGAAAUGUUGGUGAACCAAAAUGAUAAUUUUAACACUUCCAGAAGGAGAAACAGAAACUUAUUUCAGAGACAUUUCGCUAUUAAAAGUAAAAAACAUUAAAACAUAAACAUUAAAAACAGGAACGCUGUAUUAAAACUGGGAUAAUGUAUUUUUAAUUUCAUGGGGAUUCAUGAAUUAAAAUUGACCAAUCGGUACCGCGUUAUCUUAAAAAUUACAAUUUCUAGUUAACACUAUAGACAACAGUAAUUUUAGCUAGCUAACACAAAGUUGAGCAGAAAUUUGUUUGACUGCUUUUAUAGAUGUUUUGACUUUCAUGUUGUUUUACAUCUCUUGGAAAAAAAUUACAGACUUUGAUUUUUUUAUACAUUCUAACAACUCCGAGCUAUCGCUACCUUUUUAAAGAGUUACACAAUAAAAUGAUAAGGUGUCAGCGGUAUUAGCUGGCUUACAGUAAAGUUAGCUACGAAUUGGUUUUAGGUUCAUGUAAACUGCUGAGACUUUCUAUAUAAAGGGUUAUAUUGUCUUUUUGGUUAAUGUUCAAACAUGAAGCAGUGUAAUGAGAACAAUUAAUCAGACAAUCUUCGUUCAUAACUUGCAAAUCUCAAAAACAGCCGUAAAACAUCACAAGAGCCUUUGCUUCUAACGUUAGCAUUGAAACACUUCCUAGCCAACUUCACAGUUUGAAAAUCUUACCCAACAUAAUGAAGUUAAUAAUUGCUAGCGAAUGAUAAUGUUAGCUUGCUAGUAGUACAUUUCGCUAGUCAUCAGUUAAAUGCUAUUUUAGUCGUUGUGACCUUUUGCUAGUUAUCUAUUUGGUUUAACUGCUUGUAAUACUUUGACAUUUUGCCCUCUGGUAACUCAACAAUCCACUAUCUUUUAGCAGUGUACAUUUUGUUAGAUUCAUUUCAUUUUGUUUGCAAACAAAACAUUUUAAAUUGCCCUGAGCUUUUCACCCUGAGAGUGAAGUUGGAGUAAAAUAGCCGCCAAAUGAAUACAGUGAAUGGAUUAGAGGGGAACACAUGCACUCAGCCUGACUUACAAGUUGCACAAUUUCAAAUGCUGUCUCACUGUUUCCUCACCAAAUGAGAAUUGUUUUUACCUCUGUUCAUUAAGGCACAUUAUUGUAUUGAUAUUGUCAGACGCCUCUUGUUUUCUACAUCCCAAACUAAAGUGGUCUUGUUCUCCCUUAAUGCCUUUUCCAUUUUAAAGAUAUUGCUGCAUAGCCAUUGUUGUCUCAUGUACAGAUUUUUCUAGUUUGCCCCUUUACACCUACUCUGAAUAUGCUCUCCAAAACGCCUCACAAACCUAAAGGGUCUUCCUCAUCUGUAAUCAAUCACAACAGGGUAUGGAAGGUGGAUCAUAUCUGUAUGUCAUUUAAUCUCUCCGGAUCAUAUAUAAGAAAAAGGAGGAAAGGAAGACGCCAGAGGAUCACCACACAAAGACGUGGCCUUCUCGCAGCAGUGGAGCAAAUUUAAAGGGAGGAAGAGCUCGUUCUUCUCCACUUGUUUUUAAGAAUGUUUUGUUUUCACUCUGCGAGUCAGAAAAGCUGGACCUUGCAGUAAUUUUAAUUGUCCUUGCAGAUCUCACGCAAAGCCUAUGUUUUUUUUCUUCACUCUGCGUACUUGAUAUGAAAAAGGAAAAAUCUGAAUCAGACUGAAGUGCCUCCUUGUUAGAACGAUCUCCCAGACAAUGCCCACACAGACAUCAGCACUUUGUUUAUGCUCUGACUGUCAUGCUCUGUUUGUUUCGCCAGGCAACACACACAAACACAAACAUAAACACACACACACACACACACACACACACAGACUCACACAGUUUGUUGGAAAUUAACUGAAGGGAUGGAUAAAUGAUGGAGCGGAGAGGAUCAAUUAGAGGAAUUCUCCUUCUUAAUGUGAUGUACAGAAGAGUGCUGAGUGCAUGUGAAAGCCAGACCCACUGUGUCCUUCAAGUCCCAAUAAACUCUGUGCUAUUGUUUGAGUA